AUGACAACCACAGAUGAAUGUUGCCCUUAUUGUCAACAAUCAUCGUAUUUACCAGCUCGUUCGUACUGGGCAAGAGCCGUCCUAUCGAAAAUAGAAAAUGAUCGAAAUUUAGAAACCAUCGAUCGGCGGACUUGGUAUCAACUAGCACGAAUUGAUCUCUUGCGAGAAGAAUAUCGACAGUUAUUUGUGGAAUUUCAUGAAGAUGAAGAAACGAAAGCUUUUCUCCAACAGAGUCAAGAGAAAUCAGACAACAUCCCAAUACAGAUUCUUCAUAGUCUGGCAAGUUCACUGUUAACUGUAUUUAUUGCUCGAACAUCAGCAAAUGGUCUAAUCGGUCGUGGCCGUAUGUUUGUCUAUUCCACUGCGCAAUUUAAAUCACUAUUAGAUAUCACUGAUAGUCAACAAGUGCCAUUAUCAUCUCUUCUCGAUAUUGGUGCUGGUGAUGGUUGUGUAACUGAACGCAUGGCUUCUGUCUUCGAUAAAGUUUACGCUACGGAAAUGUCUUCAAUCAUGCAAUGGCGUCUAUCCAAUUUUGGUUAUACCGUGCUUGAUAUUGACAACUGGGGCGACUUGAAAUUCGAUGUGAUAACAUGCUUAAAUGUAUUGGAUCGUUGUGAAAAACCAUUGAGCUUAUUAAAAAAGAUUCGUGAACAUUUGAAUUCUGAUCAUGGUCGUGCGAUUAUCGCGCUGGUUUUACCAUUCAAACCAUAUGUUGAAUAUAACAACGAUCAUCAUCCAGACGAAUCGAUUCGUAUUACGAGUCGUCUCGUUGAAGAACAAAUCAAUGAAUUUGUUAUGAAUGUUUUCCAACCGUUGGGUUUUCGUUUGAAAAAACUAUGUCGUUUACCAUAUCUCUGUGAAGGUGAUAUGGAACGAAGUUACUAUUUUCUUUCGGAUUAUAUCUUUGUUUUAGAAGUCGAUUAG